CCAUUAACCCGCAACCACAAACCACAUAUAUAAAAGGAACUUCCAUUCUUCCAUUAAACCCUUUCUAAAGCGAGCCAUUUUUGUGAUAGGGUUUCCAGAAUCCCAAAUUCGCCGUCGUCGCCGCCGCAUCAGCUAGCACCUCCAGAACCACAGAAAUGGCGAGAAUCAAACCCCAUGAGUUGAGGCAGAAGCCCAAGGCAGAUCUAUUGGCCCAGCUUAAGGAUCUCAAAGCUGAGCUCGCUCUCCUUCGCGUUGCCAAGGUUACCGGUGGCGCCCCUAACAAGCUCUCCAAGAUUAAGGUGGUGAGAUUAGGGAUUGCUCAAGUUUUGACAGUGAUGUCACAGAAGCAGAAGUCGGCGUUGAGGGAAGCUUACAGUAAAAAGAAGUUUUUGCCUCUUGAUCUUCGUCCCAAGAAGACCCGUGCUAUUCGUCGUCGCCUCACUAAGCAUCAGGCAUCCUUGAAGACUGAAAGGGAGAAGAAGAGGGAUAUGUACUACCCCAUGAGGAAGUAUGCCAUUAAGGUGUAGGCUUAGGAAUCUAUUAUCUAAGGGGGAUUUCUACAUUCCAUGGAAAUUUUGUUCAAAUGUUUUAACAUUUAAAAAUCGAGGUCCAGUUUAUGACAUUAGUAAUUUUCCUUCUAUUAUGUUGCGAGCAUUUUCUAUUAUCAAAUAGAUUUGUGUCCAA